AGUUCGUCAGUAGGAGCUGUUAACAUUUUCAUCUUAUGCGUAUACUGAGACCAUAUUAUUAAACCGUCUAAAUUAGUUUUUUUCCGUAAUCAUGGCUAUGGAUCUUUGCAACGAUGUUUUCAGCUCCUUCGUGUUUUAUGCCACGUUACUCGUUAUAAAGAUGUACGCGAUUGCUAUUCUCACGGGGCAGCUCCGUCUAAGGAAAAAGGCUUUUGCUAAUCCUGAAGAUGCCCUGCGCCAUGGGGGUUUAAAAUUUUGCCGGCGGGACCCUGAUGUGGAGCGCUGCAGAAGGCUGCACCGUAAUGACAUGGAGUGCGUCUAUCCUUUCCUGUUCAUCGGCGUAUUGUACUGCAUGCUGGACCCCAGUCCAUCAAUCGCCAAACUCCAUUUUCGGAUUUUUUUCCUUGCUAGGCUUGUGCACACCGUGGCCUACCUGUUUGCUUUGAAAGCCCCAACCCGAUCCCUGGCUUACACAGUAGGACAGAUUCCGUGCUUUUCAAUGGCCAUCAAGAUUAUUCUGAAUGUUGCUUCUUCCUGGUAAAAAUCAGAGUAACAGAACUCAUUACAGGGAAUAAGACGCUGGAAUGCACUGCUGGAGCACCUUUACUCUCUGAAUGAGGUGCGCCGGGGUGCAUUCAGCAUUCUAGCGCCUCAAGCGCUUAAGUUGCACUUAAUGAACUAAUGGCCUCUGCUGGACCCACAAUGGAGUAAAACGCUGGAUAAAGGAAUUGACAUCUUACACCGCACUGCUUAUUGGCAUUAAGAGUCCCACUGGUCAUAAAGAUGAGAGAGAAAGUGAAAUCUGAAUGUUUAUUUAAGCAAGUUGAAGUGAAUGUUAAAACAAAUGGCAAAACAGAAACCACAAAGCAGCAACUGGACUUUGAAAGAGCUUUCAAAAGAGCUGCACUGCUGUGUUACAUUUUAUAAUAACGUCAACCAAGCACAGUUUUUUUUUUAAUCUGGGCUGCUUUUUUAAUGCUAUAUAUGUUACAUUUCAGUAUUUACAAUCAAUAUACAGUAUAUAAUUUACAUCUUUACAUCUGUGUCGUUAUGUCUUUAUGUUACCCAUGUUUCAUAUGUCAGAAGUAAAGUACUGCUGAAGAACGAACCUGAAUGGAUUUUUGUAAAGACAGCUAAGAAGAACAAACGAAACAAAGCAGUGAUAUUGACAUCCAAGGAAUAUCUGCGGAUUAUCAAAAAUGUAAAAUCCAAGAUGUGAUUUCUUGUUGCCUUUUUAGAGAACACAUUUUAUAAACCCUCUACUACCUGCGGGUUAGAUGUUACCUGGGAGAAUCUGAAAGGCUUACCAUUAACAAGAUGGAUGAAGUCAAGACUGCCAGUCAGACGCCCAAAGGAGUUGGAACAGCAGGAACACCACUCAACAAAGAGGCUUCGACAAUUUAAAACCCAAUAAGAUGAUGUUUGAUUUUAUUCUUAACAGAUAUUGCUUGUGACAUCUGGUUUGUGUUUAUAUAUAUAUUUCAGGAAUUAUUUGUGCAUUUGUCAUUUUUAUAACAAUUUGGAAACUUCAAGAUGUACUUGUAUGGACUAAGAGAUGAGAAUUAUGACACCAGCAAGAUGAAUAUUUCUGCUGUGUAAAAACAAACUGACUUGUGUAAUAUUCUGUUCAUUUAUUGUUAAAUUAAUGUUGGGACCACAUUUGGUACAAGCCUGCAUCUUCAACUGAAAAAGUAGAACUUUAAGAAUGCAGAUGUAAAUAUGAAUUUAUUGAUCACUGGGGCAGGGAUGCCAUUUUUAUUUUAUUUUUCUUCCUGAGACUUGAGUUCAUUUUGACUUGAAUGAAACUGAUAGGGGGGCUUAUGGGAAUGUAUAUAUUUUUUUCUUUCUUGUAAUUUUUGAGCUAUGUUUUUAUACAAAUUUUACACUGAAUUCAGCCUUCCACACGGAGGGCCUGACAAUGAAUACUUUGUGUUGUAGUUUGUCUCUUUUGUUUUUAAGUUGGAUGUAUAUAUAUUUGCCUGUUGUUUUCUUUUUUUCUUUUUCAAAAAAAAAAGAAAUAAAAAGAAAGAAAUGU